AUGUUCAAUCGCGCAUCCGCCCACGAGACCAGAAAUGGAAACCUCGCCGCUCCUCGAGAUUCACUUGAACUCGCAUCCCUCGCCUCAUCCUCUCCCGAAUCAGUGGGCGGCUCCUCCCGAUCAUCAUCUCCCGACGGUAUCUCCUCUUCGCGAAAGCUCUCACUCGAGGAUGAAGAUCCUCUAGCCGGUCCCUCGGGGGAUGAUUACCUCGAGACAGGCAGACAACGAGGUCUCCGAUCCUAUUCGAUAUCCUCCGCGUUCGAUUUUGGUGGAAACCUCUUUCCACUCUCCCAAACACAAGGUGGCUAUGCUCCCUUAGGCACGCCAUCACUGGAACGCCUGGGGCAGGAGGGAUCGUUGGAGCGAAACAAAACAUUGACAUACCUAAACGGUCUGUCGCUGAUUGUCGGCCUUAUUAUUGGAUCUGGAAUCUUCUCUUCUCCAAGCCAAGUCAACGCCAAUGCCGGUUCUCCAGGCGCCUCGCUCAUUGUUUGGGCUAUAGCGGGCAUAUUGGCCUGGACAGGAGCUGCUAGCUAUGCGGAGCUAGGAGGCGCAAUUCCUCUGAAUGGAGGUGCUCAAGUAUAUCUAUCUAAGAUCUUUGGAGAGCCAAUGGGCUUUCUCUUCACAUGGUGCGCUGUUCUAGUUUUGAAGCCUGGGUCAGCAGCUAUCAUUUCCAUUAUCUUCGGAGAAUACGUCGUGCGUGCAUUUGUCGGUGCUGAUGUGGUCUUGGUCAAUCCAUGGAUCAACAAGGCCGUUGCACUUGGUGGUCUUCUAUUUGUGACUCUGUUCAACUGUGUCUCGACUAAGAUUGCCACUCGCAUUGGCGAUCUUCUCAUGUUCUUCAAGUUUGUGGCUCUGCUAUUUGUCACCGUCACUGGGAUUGUGGUGGCUAUCACCGGAUUCUCAUCCAAGGGUAGUGCCAACGAGGAAUGGAAAACACAUGGCUGGUUCGAGGGCACUAACACCGAAAUCUCCGAUUUUGCUGUGGCGCUCUAUGCUGGCCUGUGGGCCUUUGAUGGCUGGGACAAUACCAAUUAUGUGACUGGAGAGUUCAAGAACCCCAAUCGCGAUCUACCUCGGGUGAUCCACACCGCAAUGCCAUUGGUCAUUUUAUCCUACCUACUGGCCAAUGUUGCGUAUUUCCUUGUUCUUCCCCAUGAUACCAUUGAAGCCAGCAAUACUGUGGCUGUCCAAUUCGGCAGCAAAGUCUUCGGUUCAGUCGGAGGUCUGGUUCUAGCUCUAGUCGUGUCUGCCAGCUGCUUUGGAGCACUAAACGCAACCACCUUCACGAGUGGUCGACUAGUCUAUGCGGCUGGAAAGGAAGGCUAUCUCCCUUCGCUAUUUGGCCGCCUCGGCCUUCCAGGUUCGUCAUCUCCAGGCCCUCCUGCUGGAAGCCGUCUGCGCAGUCGGUCGUGGGCUCGUCGGUCCGUUUCACGUGUUUUUGGCGACAAUGCCCGAAUUGGGUUCACUCCGAUUAAUGCCAUGGCAUUUAAUGCUGCUUUGACUGCUGUUUACAUUCUUGUUGGCGAAUUUGCAACAUUGGUCACUUUCUAUGGUGUUGCCGGAUAUACGUUCUAUUUUCUGACAGUAUUGGGAUUGAUCGUUCUGCGCAUCCGCGAGCCACACUUGGAACGACCCUAUCGCACCUGGAUAACCACCCCUAUAAUCUUCUGCUGUGUCAGCUUGUUUCUUCUCAGUCGAGCAAUCAUUGCCGAGCCACUCCAAACCCUAAUUGUGAUAGGGUUCAUCAUCACGGGCGUGCCGGUCUACUAUUGGCGAAUCUAUCAACGCGACGGACGAAUUGGAAUGUCUGGAUGGAAGUUCUGGACAUGGCGCGCUCGGUAA